CAAAUUCUCGGAAGCAGAAUGGUUGAAUCGUCCAUCGACCUACAGGGAAUGAAAACCCCACAGAAGCCGACGCCGUCGCCAUGAUCUUCUCUGCUCUUACAUCUUUGGUUCUCACGGGCAUCUUCACCAGCACCGUCGGGGCGAGGGGAGGGGCCUUCAACUCUACCUCCAAAUUGCUGACCGGUGGAACAGUGAUUGCUUUCGAUGCGGAGGCCGAGAGUAUUCAAGUGAUCCGAAACGGCUCCGUCUUGAUUGUCGAUGGCAGUAUCGAGGCUGUCUACUCGGGACAUUACAAUGGCACCGUUCCUUCCAGCCUCGACAUUGUGAAUACCACGGGCGACAUCAUUACCCCCGGCUUUAUCGACACGCACCGUCACAGCUGGCAAACCGCUUACAAGACCAUCGCCUCCAAUACCACCCUGGCCGAGUAUUUCGAUCGGUACGGAGAGUUUGCUGUGAAUGGGGAGUAUUCGGCCGAAGAUGUCUACAUCAGUCAGUUGGCUGGCCUGUACGAAGCGAUGAAUGCUGGGGUCACCACGAUUCUAGACCAUGCGCACCACACCUGGUCCAACGAGACCACCGACGCGGGUUUGGCUGCCACCAUUGACAGUGGUGCUCGGAUGUUCUGGUGCUAUACCUUCCACAAUGUGACUAAUUUCACUUUUGCCGAGCAAGUGAACAACUUCGAGGAAAUCGCCAGCAGCGGCCGCUUCGAUGGCACGGUCACCAGCCUCGGGAUCGCCUACGAUGGUUUCAACCCCGGUAGUCCAGCCCAAACCGAAAGAGUCAUUGAGUUGGCCAGAAAGUAUAACGUCUCCGCCAUCACCACUCACUCCCUGCAGGGUAUCUGGGGAGCCAUCAAUUCGCCGGAGGAUCUCAAUGCCCUAGGGAUCUUAAACACCACCAUUCCCGUAGUCUUCUCGCACGCAAGUUUCUUGACCGGCGAGGGUGCAUCCUUGUUGCGCAGCACGAACCAGUAUAUUUCCAUCACACCCGAAUCAGAGAUGCACUACGGCCACGAUCAUCCCCGCAGCCACCUGAUUCAAGACCAAACCGCCUUGGGGGUCGACACGCACUUCACCUACUCGACCGACAUCCUAACGCAGGCACGGCUCUGGCUCCAGAGCGCCCGCGUCGCCUUCUACCGCUGGGUGCUGCAGAACUGGAACAUUCCGGCCAACAGCCCCAUGUCCGUCGACCAGGCGUUCCUGCUGGCUACGCGCAAGGGCGGCCUUGCCCUGCGCCGACCCGACCUUGGGAUCAUCGCUCCCGGGGCCAAGGCUGACGUGGUCGUCUGGGACGGUAACACCCCAGGUAUGCUCGGCUGGGACGACCCCGUGGCGGCCAUCAUCCUGCACGCCAACGUGGGCGACAUCAAGCAUGUGCUUGUUGACGGGGACUUUAAGAAACGCGACGGGAAAAUCGUCAGCAGCACUUACCCUGCCGUACGGGACCGCUUCCUGGCCACCGCGAGGAAGAUCCAGGCGAUCUGGAAAGCCAAGCCCUACCCCGUUUUGGAGGGCGAUUUCCCGGAGUCGGGCUUCGCGUACGGUCGGGUUCCGUUGGCCGAUACGCAGCGUGGUGAGGGUAAUGGCUACGGAGAGCAAUUUUUGUGAGUGACUUGCUAGGUCCUGGGUAUAAUGAAAAGGUCAGUCAGCGUGUAGGGUGCCGGUAUGGCUGUGGGUGGCUAUGGGGGGAGUGUUAUAGGUCUUUCUGUAUUGCAAAAGAAUGUAAAAUAAAUCUCAUCAGGAGCCCUUAUGGGAUUGACACUGGAGAGUUUGGCACCCAUCGAUGGUGUAUGAUUUGUCCUCGGCGCGAGUCCACGGUCUACUCCAGCGCUGGUUGUUUGGUAAUUCAGUAUUCAACUCCUAUGAUCCUUCUCUCACAAAAGAAGCCCAGAUCUUGGUCUGAGUCAAUUAUAAUGCUUGUAGCUCAGAUUGCGUUCCGUUAAUCCCACC